UGAAAAAUUUCCCUUUCUGAUUUUUAAGAAUUUAGAAAUCAAAAAUUGGAAAAUUAAUUUAUUUUGGUAUUAAAUCGCUAUCAACAAUCCAAAGAACCUAUUAAUCUGACUAUUUACAUCGUGUACAAGCAGUUCAACAUAAAUUAAAACCAAAUAAUGGCUUAUCAGGGAUAUAAUCCAUAUGGUGGAUACGGACAGCCUCAACAAAAUCAAGUAUCUCCUGAAGUUCAGAACUUUUUUGCUCAAGUUGACAAAGAUCGUUCUGGUAAAAUCAACUCUCAGGAAUUACAACAAGCUUUAAUUAAUGGCAAGGGUCAACAAUUUUCCGAUCAAGCAUGCAAUCUUAUGAUUUCAAUGUUCGAUGCUGAUCGUUCAGGCACAAUUGACGUUUACGAAUUUGAGAAGUUAUUUAAUUACAUAAAUCAAUGGCUAUCAUGCUUCAAGGCAUACGAUCGCGAUUCCAGUGGAGCUAUUGAAGAAGCAGAACUUGGACAGGCACUGUCACAAAUGGGCUUUAGAUUCAGUCCACAAUUUGUCACAUUUUUGAUUGGAAAUAACGAUCCAAAUAGGAGAGAAAUUGCAGUCGAUCAAUUCAUUGUUCUGUGCAUCAAAAUUCAGAGAUUCACUGAUGCUUUCCGUCAACGUGACCAACAGCAACAAGGCAUCAUUUCUAUUGGCUUUGAAGAUUUUCUUGGAAUUGCAUUAGCUUGUACUAAUUAAACUCACAUCCUUUGCAUGAAUUAAACUGCAUUUUAGCUAUGAAAAAUUGAUUAAAAUAUUUGUAUUUGUUGGGAAAUGGAACUUGUUCGCAUAGAAAUUAAGUAUUACAAUUGAUGGUGACGAUGGAUAGGCUUUAAUCACUAUCAAAUGUAAUUAUUGACUUUAAGAUGUCUGCUAAUAGAGGUUUAAAAUCUAAAUUGCUGACAAUAGCCGUUUCUCAACCCUGAAAAUUAAGAAUAUAGUUCCGUAUCUACAUCUAGUUGUUUUGAUUCCUUAAUUGAUCUAUUGACCGAAAUGAAAAACACAAGUGGCUUAAAUAGAAGAAAAUCUGAAUUUAUUUUUCUUGCUUAGUGAAAUUUGAUUUUACAAACUUUUAAAUUAAACAUAAUUUCUUCAUUUUUUUCUACAAUUAAUUAAAAGCCUAUAUGAAUGAACAA